AGCUUUUCAAACUCAGCAAUAUCAGGCAUCGAAUUUCGACGAGCUUGAAGAUAAUUUGGAGAGUGAAGCUUUUCAAGAAGAUGAGGAGAAUGUUUUUACAAAUGAGGAAGGUGUGAUUUGGUUAAAAAAAAACCUACUCAUACCGAUAUGGCCGCAACACAUCUCAUGUUGAGAUUAAGAGAUCAAAAAAAGGAGCAGUUCAAUAAUAAAAAAAAUAAUAAGAGACAGCUAUGGGCUGGGAUAGCUGAAGAGCUGACGAGGAACCAAUUCAUGUUGGGGGCGAAUGGCGGUGAAAGAUGCCGCCAAAAAUUCGCCAAUUUGACCAAGUCAUACUUGAAAUCCAUAAGAAACCAGAAGACAACAGGGGCAGCCUUCAUGGAGCAUCCUCCAUUUUUUGAGGAGGUCCACUCAAUUUUAGGUGAGAAGCAUAAAACUCAACCCAAACAUUUAGUGGACAGCUUGGAGGAUGAGCCCAUGCCUGAGGCCCCUAUGCCCGUGCAAGAAGCACCAAUAAUGGAUGAGGGCGCUUCUUGCAGCUACAACACUAGAACGGAACCAGCCAUAACUGACCGGUUCAAAAACCUGAGGGAUACUCCUACCACCAGAACUAACAAAGGGGAUCUGGUUCUACAGGAGUUGAGGAGCCACCAGGUGGAACAAAGAAGACAAUUCGACGUCCUUGCUGCUCAUCUAAAAAAAACAGAGGAGCAGAGGGAGAAGCUCCUCAAUAUUAUGGAGCAAUUUUUCACAAGAAAGAGGAAGAGGCAGGAAGAAGAUUCUGAUGGAGAAUAAAGGGGCCUUUUCCUCUUUCUUGUAAAAAAUUUGCAAAAAUUUGUGUAUAUUUUUGUUUUGUUUUUAUUUAUUUUAUGUAUUUAAUAAAGUUCUUUUUUUAUGUAUAUAUUAUGUUAUUCUUGAAUUUCAGUGAUAUUUUCCUUCAUUCGUUUUUUUUUGGUUUUGUAAGCUAGUGUGAACACAAAUGGAACUUAGCUUGUGCGUAUUUUUAAAGUGAUGAAUUGGCCUUUUCCUGUUUCUGAAUAAAAAUUUGUGAUUUGUGUAUAUUUUUAUGUAUAAGAGGAUCGGAUCAUCAAGAGGUAGGUUCUUCAAUGAUAUUAUAUGCAUACAGUUCCAAGCAUUCUUGAUGCAUAGAUCGUAAUUGAAACUGAAUUUUAGAACUGGAGAUCCUUGUCUAGGGGUGAUGGAUGUCAUGAAGUCAUCUCUUCAGAGAGAAGCAGAACUUAUUCAAAUCCCCAACAAAAAGGAACGAGAAGAUGUGGCUUAUGAUAAAUAGGGAGAUGAAUGGCGAUUUUACUGCUGAGCAAUGCAGCAAUAAAUUCAAAUAUCCAAAAUCAAAAUAAAUGAAAAUAAAAGACAAUAUGUCUAACGCUCAGUCAGGGACAAGAGCAAUUCAUUUCCAAUUCUUCGAUGAGAUAGAUGAGAUAUUUCGUUAUGACAGAAAUAUUAGAGGUAACGUACAAGUUGCUUCCUCUCUGGAACCAAUAGUUAUUCCGGAAAGGGUUGCCGAAUUGGAAGCACCUACACCAUCAGCUUCCAAUGCUUCUAACGCUUCCCAAGGGGGAGAAAAAAAAGCCAUAUGGAGUUUCUUGGGGAAUAAGCUGCUAUCAGCGAGAGGCAGAGAGAAAGGAGGCAUCUCGAACUAAUGCAGCAGAGACAGGACGCCAUGUAUCAGUUCCAUGAUUCCUUCUUCCAAUUAAUGGACAGAUUUAAAUGACGAAUAUUUUUAUUUAUUUGGUGAGAUUUUUUUAUUUAUAUUUAUUCGCUGAAAUUUUUCAUAUUUUUUAUCAAGAGUAUGUAAAAUUACUUCAAGAGAAAGAGAACACAACAUAGUUUAGAUUUUCUUUGCCAUUCUACAAUGAAAUCAGCUAUAAAAUUGCAAGAGCAUUCGAUAGGGAGAACUUGAAAAUAGCUUUUAAGGCCGAAAAUUGAUUGCAUUCCCAUAUAAUAAAUUGCAAAGACAAAACUCCAAUGUCACAGAAAAACGUAGUGUACAAACUGAAAUGUAAAACAUGUGAUGCUUUCUACAUUGGAAAAACAUAUAGGUCACUGAACACCAGAAUAAAGGAACAUAUAAAAAAUUAUAAUGAAAAGAGUGCAUUUGGGAACCAUUUGAAAUCAACUAAACAUGAAUUUGACAAAAAAGAGGACAUACAGUUGUUACAUAAAGUUGGAUAUACUUGAAAUUAUGAAAUAAAGAAAAACUUGAAGAAAAACGCAACCCUUUGUCUGAAUAACCUGACUGAAACCAAUCUCUCAUACAAACCCAUUUUCGAAAAUUUAAUUUGAAUCCAAAUAAUUGGAAGAAAAUUGACUCUAUGAUUUAAGUGACAAGUUGUUUUGUUUUUCUGUGACUAACCAUAAUCUGAGGACAUAACCCCAAAAUCAGUACUUUCUCGACAAUUCUAAAAGUUUUUCAGUCGCUUUGUUUUGUUUGUGAAUGUCUUUUUUCGGAGAUGUUUUCAGUGUGAAUACUUAUUGACAAGUAAGAUUACUUUGUAUUUUAAUUACUGUGAA